UUAGACAAGCAAAAUAUUUUAAGAUUUGACUUAACCAGGAAGGAGGUCAAGGGUAAUUGAUUGUCUUGGACACCACUCUUUAGUUGUUAUGACAGCUCAUCCAUUAAAAUACAGCAAAUUAAGCUCUUCUAGUUCCAGAUUUCACUUUCUGCAUGAAACAAGUGGUUUUGCAUCACCUAAUUGAACAGCAACGUUGUCUCAUUCUUCUAUAUAUAUUGCCAACCCAUGACCUCUUCUCCAUCCACGUUUCAGACUGAGAAGUUUACACCAACUCUCCCAAAGCCAUCAUUAGCUUCUGUAUGAAAAGAGAGAAAAUGGGUGCAACUCUUCAAUCAUUUGCAUUUCCAGCACUCUUUCUUUUCUCAGCGAUUCUCAUCCCUCAGUUUGCAGAAGGAGGCAUUACUAGGCACUACCAUUUUGAUAUCAAGUAUCAGAAUGUAACACGACUCUGCCACACCAAGACCAUGGUUACUGUCAAUGGUCAGUUUCCAGGACCUCGCAUUGUAGCAAGAGAGGGUGAUCGUCUUGUUAUCAGAGUGGUUAACCAUGUACGGGACAACAUCACCAUCCACUGGCAUGGGAUUCAACAGCUUCGAUCAGGAUGGGCUGAUGGACCUGCAUAUGUGGCACAGUGCCCCAUCAAAACUGGUCAAAGCUAUGUCUACAAUUACACCAUUGUUGGCCAAAGAGGCACUCUCUUUUAUCAUGCCCAUAUAUCAUGGUUAAGAUCAAGCGUCUAUGGUCCUAUCAUUAUUCUUCCCAAGCUUGGUGUUCCAUAUCCUUUCGCCAAACCCCACAAGGAAGUUCCCAUUGUCUUUGGAGAAUGGUGGAAUGCAGAUCCUGAAGCAGUCAUAGCCCAAGCCUUACAAACAGGUGGAGGACCAAAUGUUUCGGAUGCUUACACUAUCAAUGGACUUCCAGGGCCACUCUACAACUGCUCUGCUAAAGAUACAUUCAAGAUGAGGGUGAAGCCUGGAAGAACAUACCUUCUUCGUGUGGUAAAUGCAGCACUCAAUGAUGAGCUCUUCUUCAGCAUUGCGAAUCACACCCUCACAGUUGUUGAAGCAGAUGCAGUAUAUGUUAAGCCUUUUGAGACUAAAACUAUUCUCAUCACCCCCGGACAAACCACAAAUGUUCUUCUUAAAACUAAAUCUCGCUACCCCAAAGCCACAUUCCUUAUGACUGCAAGACCAUAUGUGACAGGCCUUGGCACUUUUGAUAACUCAACUGUUGCCAGUAUCCUGGAAUAUGAAUCCCCAUCAAAAUCUCUUCACUUGAAGAAGCUUCCACUCUUCAAACCAAUCCUCCCUGCCCUUAAUGACACUUCCUUCGCAACUAAUUUCGCCAACAAACUCCGAAGCCUUGCAGAUGCUCAGUUUCCUGCCAACGUUCCACAGAAAGUGGAUAGACAAUUUUUCUUCACUGUAGGCCUCGGUACAAGUCCCUGUCAGAGCAAUCAAACAUGUCAGGGACCCAAUGGAACAAUGUUUGCAGCUUCAAUAAAUAAUGUAUCUUUCACACUCCCAACCACUGCCCUUCUUCAAGCCCAUUACUUUGGGCAAUCCAAUGGAAUUUACUCCCCUAACUUUCCUAGCAGCCCCUUGCAUCCAUUCAACUAUACAGGCACCCCACCAAACAACAUCAUGGUGAGCAAUGGGACAAAGUUGGUUGUUCUUCCCUUCAACACUAGCGUGGAGCUUAUCAUGCAGGACACCAGUAUACUCGGCACUGAAAGUCAUCCUCUUCAUUUGCAUGGCUUUAACUUCUUUGUUGUUGGCCGAGGUUUUGGAAAUUUCGAUCCAAAUAAGGGCCCUGCAAAUUUCAAUCUUGUUGAUCCCGUUGAAAGGAAUACAGUGGAUGUUCCCUCUGGUGGAUGGGUUGCCAUUCGUUUCCUAGCAGAUAACCCAGGGGUAUGGUUCAUGCACUGUCACCUGGAAAUUCACACAACCUGGGGUCUGAAAAUGGCGUGGGUCGUUUUGGAUGGGGAGCUUCCCGACCAAAAACUUCUUCCACCACCAUCGGAUCUUCCCGUCUGUUAACUUCGGCCUCAAAUUACUCUUUUCAACUUUUCUUGAUCGGAUUUGGCGGCCCUUUAUGGCAUUCUUUAUUGAGCAAAUAACUGUUACGAGUUACUCCUCUCACACCGGAAAUUCGGUGGAGAGAAAUUGGUGCUCUUUCUUCUUUUUUUUAUUUCAAGAAAAAAUAUGUUUCUGUUUCAAGAAAAUAUUGGUACUUUAUUGUAAGACACCCUUACAUUCUACAGCAACAAGUGUUACUCCUAACUUUGAGAUAUUCCUGCGUUUAAAUGAGAAUUCCUAUC